UAGUCCGGAAACAGACCAGUUUACCGGAUUUUACCUUUUACCACCAAGGGAAAUAACUCUUAAUGCCCUUUAAUUUGAUAAAUUGCACAAAGAAACUGCUCUAACUAUAUUGAGUGACCAGUGAUACAGUCAACAGUAGAAUACUACAGCAAGAUGUCUGUGCUAGAAGAGGAGGCAGCCUUCAAGGACUUGCCAUACUAUAAGUCUAUACUGAAAUCAUUUCUUAGGAAGCAGAUUGGAGCACUGUUAGAAGAAAUGGCUGCAGAGACAGGGGAAGAGUCUAUCAUUGUGAUGGCGAACAGCAGCACGGGCACAACAUCGUGUCUUGCUUCAAAUAAUGCCAAAUGUUUCAUUGAGCAACAUACUGACAUCCAAAAUCAGUUCCUGUCUUACUGUCUCAGUGGUUUUCCAAGUGCAGUUGGUGGAGAAAUGAGAACCCAAAGGCCAGCUAAGAGGAAACAAAAGAAUGUUCCAAAGGGUAUAAAGACUCCGAAACAGGCUAAACAUAGUGAUAUAUCUUCCCUAUCAGCAAAUAAUUCAGACAGUACAAUAUUAGAGUCUGUUCAAGGAGGAAGUGAAGAAACUGGAUCAGCCAUGCCUGCUGAUAAUGUGCCUGAGGGAGGUCCAUCUCAGCAGCCGUCACUGAUUCUCGGAGUUUAUCCAGACAAUAUAGAAGAUGAAAACUUGAACAAAUCUGAAAUGAAUUCUAGUGUGAACAGUGAACUUAAUGAGCCAGUAACAAAUGUGAAAGAAGAACCUUUGUCUGAUACGGGUAUGAUAAACAACUUAACAAAUACCUGUAUCAAAACUGAACCUCUGUUACACACAGAUACUUUUCCACAGGGGUCACAAUCUCAAGGAAGUGAAUUUUCAGAAACAAGUUUUACGCCGAGUGAACAAAGUUUCGACAGUUCUUUAACUCAGAUUGUAAGUCCAGGAACAACCCCGACUUUUGGUCCAAUCAGAUAUGUAAGAAAGUAUCCUCCGAAAGAACGUACAACGCUGUCACUUUACGAGAAAAUACAGAUCAUACAGGAAUUUGAGUCGGGUGAAACAACAUCACAGCGGAAACUGGCAGAAAAAUACAAUAUCAGUAAGUCGGCAGUAGCUGAUAUGAUCAAAAAUAGACAGCUGCUCAAGGAGCAUUACGAAUUUAAUGCAAAUACAAAAAGAAAAAGGUUUAACACGAACAGUAAAUUUGCUGAGGUUAACGAACUAGUUUGGCAAUGGUUCAAAACAUCGCGGGAAAAUGGUGUACAAAUGUCAGGGCCAAUGAUUCAAGAAAAAGCGCUACAAAUUGCGCAACAUUUACAGGCGAAGGAUUUCAAAGGUUCAAACGGAUGGUUACACAGCUGGAGAAAUCGGUACAACGUGACGUCGUACAGGGAUGAUUCUGCCGGAUCAUCAAAACAAAACUAUAUCAAUGAUUAUAGUAAAGUAGAAGGGUUUAAUGUAAUGGCACAGGGCUCUGAAGCAACUAAUGCAAUUAUGAACUUGGGAAGUUUGGGAAAUUUGGUUAAUACAAGUACCUCUGGUGAACAAACAUCUGGGUUUAUGAAUUAUCCGGAAUCCGGUAAUUUUCCAAACAGAGGCUAUGCAGUUACAAAUGAUGAGAAGUCACAAAGUGAGGCAGUGGGUCAUGAUAACAUUAAACAUGAAAAUGUAGCAGAAUGUGGUGUGUGUGAAGAAACUGGGUCAUUGUCUGCCGACUCAAAAACAACUUUAAAUAUACAGCCAAAAUCUGAUGACUAUGAGGUUGAAAGUGGUAUUGAAACUUUGUUGCAGACAAAGGCUUAUGAAAAAAUUGUGGAGAGUGCAUUGUCGGAGUAUGAACAACAGAAUUAAGUUAUUUCUCUAAUUUCUGUUUAGCUGCUUGCAAUGGGCUGGACUUAGUUGCCAAAAUAUCUGUUUCAUUUUGUGCAGACAAUAACUUUGACAUGAAACAAUCUUCUUUGUAUUUGGUAUAAAAUGUUUACCUAAAUUAGGAGGAAAGGCAAGCAUGAACCAACAUCCAUAUCUUAAAGGUCAAGGUCACACUUAGGAGUGGGGGUCAAAUGUCAUGUCAUAACUUUCAAAUGCUUUGAGCUAUCUUUCUUAUUUGGCAGAUGAAGUGUCAUGUACUAACUCCAGACUCAAAGGUCAGUUUCACAUUGGGGGUCAAAGGUCAUGUUAGGGUUGUCUUAGCAGCAACUUUUACAUACAUGGAUUGGUCCAAAAAUGUUUGCCUGAAGAGAAAUAGUGUUGCAUGCAGACUCCUGGGUCAGUGUCACACUUUGGGUUCAUAUGUCAUUUAGGAUUUGUGUCUGUGUCAUAACUUUGACGUGCAUGGAACUCUUUUAUUAUAUGGAGUAGAUGACUGCCUAAUUUUUUUUAACAAGUUACACACUCCUGUCUCAAAAGUCAAGGUCACACUAAGGUUGUCAAAGGUCUGGCCAAAGCCAUUAUUAUUUUUAUGCCCCCGAAGGGAGGCAUAUUAGUUUUCAACUGUCCGUUCGUUAGUUAGUUAGUUUCGUUCGUUCGUUCGUCACAAUGUUAACUUUUUGCAUGAAGGCACUUUACUCGCGAACCAGUGAACCCAGGACCUUCAAACUUCACAUGCUAAUAGUACUUAUUGAGUACACCACCCCUACAGACUAUGGGGUCACCAGGUCAAAGGUCAAGGUCACAGGGGCCAAUGUUAACUUUUUGCAUGAAGGCACUUUACUCGCGAACCACUGCACCCAGGACCUUCAAACCUCACGUGCUAAUAGUACUUAUUGAGUACACUACCUCUACUGACUUUGGGGUCACCAGGUCAAAGGUCAAGAUCACAGGGGCCAACGUUAACUUUUUGCAUGAAGGCACUUUACUCGCGAACCACUGCUCCCAGGACCUUCAAACUUCACUUGCUGAUAGUACUUAUUGAGUACACCACCCCUACUGACUUUGGGGUCACCAGGUCACAGGUCAAGGUCACAAGGGCCAACAUUAACUUUUUGCAUGAAGGCACUUUACUCGCAAACCACUGCACCCAGGACCUUCAAACGUCACAUGCUGAUAGUACUUAUUGAGUACACCACCCUUACUGACUUUGGGGUCACCAGGUCAUAGGUCAAGGUCACUGGAGCCAACGUUAACUUUUUGCAUGAAGGCACUUUACUCGCGAACCACUGCACCCAGGACCUUCACAUGCUGAUAGUACUUAUUGAGUACACCACCCCUACUGACUUUGGGGUCACCAGGUCAAAGGUCAAGGUCACAGGGGCCAACGUUAACUUUUUGCAUGAAGGCACUUUACUCGCGAACCACUUCACCCAGGACCUUCAAACUUCACAUGCUGAUAGUAGUUUAUGAGUACACCACUGCUACUAACUUUGGGGUCACCAGGUCAAAGGUCAAGGUGCUGCGGGGGCAUUUGUCACCAUUAGUGACAGCUCUUGUUUUUUUAGCUCACCUGUCACAUAGUGACAGGGUGAGCUUUUGUGAUCGCCCUUCGUCCGUCCACAAUUUCUUGUCUGCACGAUAGUGGUUUCAUUUAUGAUUUUAUUUUAACCAAACUUGCACACAACUUGUAUCACCAUAAGAUCUUGGUUCCUUUCUUGAACUGGCCAGAUCCCAUCAUGGGUUCCAGAGUUAUGGCCCCUGAAAGGGCCAGAAUUAGCUAUUUUGACCUUGUCUGCACACUAGCAACUUUAUUUAUGAUUUGAUUUUUACCAAAGCACACAACUUGUAUCACUAUUAGAUCUUGGUUCCUUUCUUGAACUGGCCAGAUUCCAUUAUGGGUUCCAGAGUUAUGGCCCCUGAACGGGCCAAAAUUAGCUAUUUUGACCUUGUCUGCACAAUAGCAGCUUCAUUUAUGAUUUGAAUUUAAUCAGACUUGCACACAACUUGUAUCACCAUAAGAUCUUGGUUCCUUUCUUGAGCUGGCCAGAUCCCAUUAUGGGUUCCAGAGUUUUGGCCCCAGAAAGGGCCAGAAUUAGCUAUUUUGACCUUGUCUGCACAAUAGCAGCUUCAUUUAUGAUUUGAUUUUAACCAAACUUGCACACAACUUGCAUCACUAUAAGAUCUUGGUUCCUUUCUUGAACUGGCUAGAUUCCAUUAUGGGUUCCAGAGUUAUGGCCCCUGAAAGGACCAGAAUUAGCACUUUUCUGUGGUAUAACAUGGAUGGUACCUCCAAUUUUUAGGUGUAUUUUGACAUAUCUGUACCAUGUAAGAUUUUUUUUUCUUUUUGCUUAAAUUUAUUUACUUUGUUGUUCCUGUCCUUUGGACUUAGAUAUUUUUUCUGAGGACCUUCUUGUCCUCAAGUGCAAUGAUAACAGGUGAGCGAUUUAAGGCCAUCAUUGCCCUCUUGUUUUAAUUGGUAGAAAUAAUUCUCUCUGUGAAGCAGAGUAUUGCCAUAAGACACAGUUCCCUAUUUCAAAAGUCAAGGUCACACAAAGGGUCAAAGGUCAUGUCAGAUCUUGCCAUGGCUUAAGUUUGUAUAGACCUUUUCUCUAUGGUUGAAAUAUGUAAGUCAGGCAGUGUGUCAACAAAUAAUAGACAUCAUUGUCAUUUUUGUCCUUUUGGUAUUAACAUUCUGGUACAUGAUGUACAUUUUACAGCAUUUUGAUAGAUUCUUAUUAUGUGAUGUAUUUUUGCCCUUUAUUUACAGGUAAUUUUAUUAUGAAUGAAAUUUGAAUACUUAAGACUUUAUAUUUUUCUACAAUGAGUAAUGUUUUAUAUUCUAGAAUUAAAUAUGUAUAAUAUACAAGAUUUUGCCUAUUGUAGAGAAGAAAAUACAGUUUGAUGUAAUGUACAUAUUAUUAAGUAGAAUAUUAUAAAAAGGAAUAAGAAGUGUGUCUGUUUUUAGUUACGGGUGAACCAGUGCAACAUGUAAACAAAAUGUUCAUGGAUGUUCUAUUAUCAUUUGUUGCAUGCCUUCAAACAAACACUGCCAUAUUGUUGUCUUUGUUGCAUGUCAGUGGCGAGCCUUGAAUUAGUGGUCAUUAGCAUCACUAUAUUUGCACUAGGGCUUAUCCCAAGUACCAACGUAGCCCUGGGAGUGCU